AUGGCUGUUAUCGACCUUAAUCAACCCGGCAUCGAGGUGUCACAAUUCACUGAUACCAGUGGUUAUGGUAGUACCCUUAUGAAAAUGCUUGUAUGGAUGCCCACCGAGGUAUUGCUGCCUCAGUCAGCCUUAGAGCAGUCAAGCAAUAUGAAUCGAUUAGUAAAAUUGCUCCAGCAAAGCGAAUUCGGGUGUGCUAUUGUAGGCGUCGGUCGCCAUUCUUUCAAUAAUCAAGAAGGUCUUGAAUACCUAAAGGCUUUGUGCCAUCCACACUAUCUCCCAUCAAUUUACGCUUUCCAAGAAAAAUACUACGGUCUGUCUGCUGCUGCUGCCUUGUUCAACUACCUAGAGACAACAAAACGGGUCUACUAUGCCCCAAAGUCUCUUAAAGUGGAUUUUCGCUGCUCCACUCAGGCGACAAUGCUGGAUGCUACAAGUGCAAUUCGGCUGGGUCUCGUGAGUCGUCUGGGUCGUGCAAGAGAAAGUCAGACACUAUUCAAGGCUAUCAAUCACACUUGCACCCUCAUUGGGGCACGUCGACUUAGAGGGUGCUUACUGGAACCUCCCAACGACUUGACUACAAUUACUUGUCGGCAAGAGUCAGUCACUGAGCUAAUCUCGAAACCCCAGAUUUUGCUUGAGAUUCAGACUGUGUUGGCGAAAUUCCCAGCCAUCGAUAGUCUCCUCUCAAUGUGUGUCCACCUCUCCGAGUUUCCCGCUCCUCGUACUGACCUACUUACUGGUACCGCUGCCUCUGCCUGCUCUGUUAUUACAUCUUCCUCAGGCGCUGCCUUUCGUCAGCGUCCAACUUCAUUAUCUGGCGAUGAUGCUGCGGAAGAAGAACUCCUUACACCCAGCUCAGACGUGGAACGAGACCAUCGACCGAAAAGACUGUGCACCGGCACUGCCUCAGCGUCGAACAUCUCCCCUUUGGCCCCAACCUCUAAUUUGGCUUUGAGGAGGAGGCUCAGCGAGAAAGAUAGUAGUGGCGCGACAUCAUCACUAUUUUCUGCUGUGUCAAUUGGCAAUAACGCUGAGUUACGAAUCACCAAACUGAUUGCAAUCAAACACAUGUUGGAUCUUAUUCAACCGCUCCAAGACGCCUUGAAGGGCACGUCCUCUGCUCUUCUAAAGACCUACCGAGAACCUGGUAUAAAUGUCCUUCUCGAUCUAACUCGACGUGCUUACGCCGAGCAAGUGGACGACAUAUCACAAUACGUAAAAGGUCUUGCCUCAGAGUACACUCUACCUCUUCGUGUGGGUUACAACAAGGCACGUGGCUUUUUCAUCCAAAUUCCUGAGCAGGCGCUCUGUCUACCACCAGCUCCGCGAUCGAGAUGCUUUGAAGCAAAGGCGACCUCAAAUUUGGUUUCGGAAUCAACAAAUUGUUCUAGAUCAAAUGGCCCCCAAUCUACAAGGUUUUCCAUCGGGACUCAACUCACCACGAAGCAUCCCAAUUUGCCCGAUGUGUUCAUCAAGGUGCAGGUGUCCAGAGGAUUAAUCAACUGCACUACAGCUGAGCUGGUGAAAUUAAACGAGCGCGUUAAAGGAUCUCUCAACGAGGUUUACCUGAUCGCUGACAACCUCGCUUGCAAGCUCAUUCAUGAUCUACAUCCCGAAAUGAGUCUCUUUUACCGCCUCUCUGAGGCCAUCUCCGGCCUCGACCUCCUCUGCUCUCUAGCCCGCAUCGUCGUCUCUGCUCCUCCUGGUCACUGUUUCGGUAAAUCUCAAAUUAUUACAGACAGGUCUGACACUUGUCCUGCACUCUUAGUGAAGCCUGUUUUUGGGGACACCCUGGCUAUUCAAGAGGGUCGACAUAUGAUCAAAGACCGGUUUAGUGAAUGUCUACCGGUCAGUAAUAAUACAAGCGGAAAGACCACGUACCUGACCCAGGUGGCAUUAAUGCAAAUCCUCGCUCAGAUUGGAGCCUUUGUGCCGGCCAAAUUUGCUGCGUUCCGAUUGACAGACAAAAUUUUCGUUCGUAUGGGGUGUCGGGACGACAUGUCCACGAAAGCUUCCACGUUUGCUCUGGAGAUGCGCGAGGUUGGUCACAUACUCAGAUCGGCGACGGAUAACUCCCUUGUAAUGAUUGAUGACCUUGGACUAAGCACAACUGACGAGGACUGUUUUACACUCAGCUACGCCAUCUGCGACGCCCUGGCAAAAAUGCGUGCCUUCUCUUUCUUCACCUCCUCUGAUGCCAGUCUUUCUCAAUUGCAAUUCAUUCACCUCAAUGUCGAGAUUUAUCAUUUUGAGGUGGAGACACGAGGUGCAAUUCAGGGAGGACAGCGAAUUUAUCAUUCGAGGAGAGCUGACUGUUCACUGGACGAUUCCUACAAAUCCACUUCUUUUAACGAUUCCUCCAUAAUGCCUGGGGAAUAUGAAGGUGCUCCAACAGUAGAUGGAACUGAGUGUGCGAAAGACGGUGACACACGUACUCUCUAUCGGUUCACGUAUAGGCUAAGGAAAGGUGUUGGUAAGAUAACGCAUUGCGUCAUUGAUCAAAUCGGAUUGACUGCGAUGGAUCCAGACUUAAUCAGCAUCACAAAAAAGUACUACAAUAUCUUAAUGAGCGGAAAAACCUCGAAAAUCAACAGUGUCACACACUCAGACGUCGUCAACGUCUCACACUCAACCACUGAUCCAGUAUCAAUAGCAGGAGUUGAGCAGGUGCGCCGAUCUGAAUCUGCGACCUCAAAGGGGGAUCAAGAGGAAGAGACUGAAACAGUUACGCAUCACAUCACUUCGGAGAAAAAUGAGGAGAGAGUGGGGAAGGUGGGAAAUCAAGUCUCUCCUUCUCUCUACCAGUCUUAUAACUUCUCUGAAGGCAAAGAGCGAGAUGCAAUCCCAAGGGCUCUGGUGAUUCGCAAUGGUGACCCAGAUCCCGAAAUUAUUUGCAAAAGGAGUGAAGCAAAUUGCAUGUUGGAUGGUAACAACUCAUGGUUGCUAUUUCUACAGGUUUUGGAGCACACAGAUCUCAACGUGGAUGUGGCUGAGAAUGCCCCCAGGCUGACGACCUUGACACCGCCCACUCAGCUACCUGCCAAUCAGACGUCCAAGAGUUGCGAGGAUUCUCAGAAUGGAAAGAACAGAGAUGAAGACUUCAGGCAGGAAAACGUAGGCGAAGCUGCUACGACCAGUCCUGGCGAAGUCACUAGUGAAGAAAGAGGAGUGACCAGUGUGGACCGAAUGGCGUACCGAUUGAUGCAGCAAGUGCAGAUGCUGGCAUGUGUGGUGCGUUACAUAGAGCGUGCAUCGACGUCAGCUCCCGAUGGGUCCACAAAUCAGAAGAAUAGGGAAGAGGAUGUGCGUGCCGCUCAACAGGAUGUCCUCCUCCACCUCGCCUUCCUUCGGGAUCGAUAUGCCGCUGUGUUGAAACACUUAAAGGAGGAUUAA